UGGGGGAGGAAGUGACGUCAGGGGCCUACCGGAAGCGGGCCGAGAAGCCGAGCCGCUACGACGAGCCCGUCAUGGGGAAACAAAAGAAAGCAAGGAAAUACGCCACUAUGAAACGGAUGCUCAGCCUCCGGGACCAAAGACUGAAAGAAAAGGAUCGGUUGAAACGGAAAAAGCCCGUGAAGAAAGAUCCCAGUGCUCUGAAGGAAAGAGAAGUCCCCCAGCAUCCGUCCUGCUUAUUCUUCCAGUACAACACCCAGCUGGGACCCCCGUACUACAUCCUCGUCGACACCAACUUCAUCAACUUCUCCAUUAAAGCCAAACUGGACCUGGUGCAGUCAAUGAUGGACUGCCUGUAUGCCAAAUGUAUCCCCUGUAUAACCGACUGCGUGAUGGCCGAAAUUGAAAAACUGGGGCAGAAGUACCGAGUGGCCCUGAGGAUUGCCAAGGAUCCACGGUUUGAACGUUUGCCCUGUUCUCACAAGGGGACGUAUGCGGACGACUGCUUAGUCCAGAGGGUCACUCAGCACAAAUGUUACAUCGUGGCCACGGUGGACAGGGAGCUGAAACGAAGGAUCCGGAAGAUUCCCGGCGUUCCCAUCAUGUACAUUUCCAACCACAGGUACAACAUCGAAAGAAUGCCAGACGACUACGGAGCUCCACGGUUCUAACUUCCCGAAGCGUCGGUUCACCUCUCUGUGACGGUCCCGUGGCCCCCGAAAUGUGGCAAAUUCCAUUCCUUUCCCACCCUCCCUCCCCACUGGGGCCGUUGUUCGUUCCUCCUCGCUUCUCUUCCGAGCUCUCUUUUGCCCCGUGGUUGAAGGCCCCGCUUGGAUUUCCUUUGCGUCUAGCGGAAGCCAAAUCUAUUUCGAGGGAACUGCAGACCGAAACGUUCCCCGCCGGGGAACGGUGUUUGGCCUCAACCGUCCCGGAGGUGUCCCUUUCCCCGCCCGAGCCUCUCUUGUGGUGGUUCGGGACCGCCCGACUUUGUAAAACUGGCAACCGGCACAGAGUUGUGGGGUUGAGCGAUGAGCUCAUCUAAUGACCAAGAAUGGUUCCUGAUGACAUUCCUCCCAGCUGUCUUGGAUUAAGAGCUCCAGAUCCCGGCCUACGCGUAGCCCGAAGCGGUGGAAAAUUUUAAAAGAAAACCAAAAACAGAAGCCAUCGCUCCUUCUACGCAUCCACGGCCACUGACCCUGUUUCGGCUUCUGCGGAAAUUCCGCGGACUGGCUCUGGAUUCGCAUCGUUCUUCCCCUGCGUUGUCAUCCCACGGCCGCUCGUCCUUUAAAUUCACAGUAGGUCUCAUCCUAGUUUCUCAGCUAGUAGCUGACCGGUCCUGUCCGUUUUGCAACGGCUUCUACCGGACGUCCGGUUUCUCCUCCCUGUCCUUUUCCCUCCCCCGAAUCAGGUUUCCUAACGGCGCCGUCUCCUAAGCGGGGAGGUCCCGGGUUCCCAAAGGAUCUUGACGUGAUCCUUUUGUGCUUUUUACUUCUGUCCCCUUGACCCCUCUCCAAAUAAACGAACACUUAUUCCGGAAACUUUUAAAUGCGAA